UUUGGCUGGUGCUCUGGGAUCUCGAUCUUGUGACCAGUGUUGUUGAUGAUCAGUCCGCCGGCGGAGGGAGGCAUCGUCACGGGGGUGUCACCGCGCAGCAGCAGCCCCCCCAGAACCAGAGCCAGAGCCAGAGCCAGACCCAGAGCAGCUGCCAGCAGCGACCGCUGGGCUAUGAGCCAUCGAGAGCCAUGGCGGGUCGGACCCGGGUGACCGCCCUGUGCGUGCUGCUGCUGCAGCUGUGGGGCAGCUGUGGACCCGCCAGCCCCGCGGGGAAGUGCCGGGACACGCAGUCCUGCUCGCCGCCGAGACCCCCCGUCGUCCUCAUUCCAGGAGAUCUGGGAAACCAGCUGGAGGCCAAGCUGGAUAAGCCCAGUGUGGUUCAUUACAUCUGUUACAAGAAGACCGACACCUACUUCACUCUUUGGCUGAACCUGGAGCUGCUGGUCCCCAUCGCCAUCGACUGCUGGAUAGACAACAUCAGGCUGAUCUACAACACCACCACGCGUGCCACCUCCUCUCCCCCGGGCGUUUCCGUCCGGGUCCCCGGCUUCGGCAAGACGUACUCGUUGGAGUAUCUGGAUCCCAGCAAACGCAGCGUGGGCAUGUAUUUCUUCAGCAUCGUCCAGGCCAUGGUAGAGUGGGGCUACACCAGAGACGAUGAUGUCAGAGGAGCCCCCUACGACUGGAGGAAAGCCCCAAAUGAAAAUAAAGAGUAUUUCCUGGCACUGCAACAGAUGAUUGAGGAGAUGGCGGAGAAGGCUGGCGGGCCCGUGGUCCUCAUCGCACACAGCAUGGGCAACAUGUACACGCUGUACUUCCUCAACCAGCAGCCGCAGGCCUGGAAAGACAAGUACAUCAAAGCUUUCGUGUGCCUGGGACCGCCGUGGGCCGGCGUGGCCAAGACACUUCGCGUGCUGGCGUCGGGUGAUAAUAACCGCAUCCCAGUGAUCAGCCCGCUGAAGAUUCGCUCCCAGCAACGGACCGCCGUCUCCACCAGCUGGCUGCUGCCCUACGCCCACUCCUGGCCUAAAGAUCAGGUCCUUAUUCAGACUCCUACCACCAACUAUACGGUGCAGGACUACGAGCGACUCUACUCGGACAUCGGUUUCGGCGAAGGCUGGCUGAUGCGGCAGGACACGGAGCCGCUGGUGUCCACCCUCACGCCCCCCGGCGUGGCCGUGCACUGCCUGUACGGCAGCGGCAUCCCCACGUCGGAGGCCUUCCAGUACUCGGACAAGUUCCCCGAGGUGGAGCCCACGGUGGUGAACGGCGACGGGGACGGCACGGUCAACCUGCAGAGCGCCGUCCAGUGCAAGCGCUGGGCGGGGAAGCAGAAGCAGGCCGUCUUCGUGAAAGAGCUCCCGGGGAACGAGCACGUGAACAUGUUGACGAACUUCACCACCGUGGCGUACAUCAAAACCGUGCUGUUCUCCCCGUGAUGCUCAGCUAUACACGCGCAGUGUUACAUGUAGUUUACGCUGAAACACACACACGGCGAGGAGAGACGAGCACCGGCUCAUUUCAGCUUCCUGAACUGCCAAAUACUCCGUUUUCACAUCACAAAGCUCAACAAAAAAAAAGCGUUGAACAUUGAAGUAAAUGUUUUAUCUCCAGUUCUUCAGUUUACAACAGAUGCAGGGUGUUAAGCAAGACAAAUUACCGGUAGUUUACGUUCCGAUUUUCAACUCCAGAUUAUUCCCAUUUCAUCUCCAUGUGCUACGGUAAAAGAUACGUAUAUGUUACAAACAGGGAUGUGCUGUUUGUACCACUUUGGGGUUUAAUUGGAGUAAAAUAGUGUGUCACGAUAAUGUGAGAGAUUUCUGAACUGGCUUGUAAUGUGACAGAAAUUACAAGGCAGAUAUUGUAAUUAUAUACUUUAUCAGUGUGAUAAAUGAGUUGAGUUUUAUGUUUUUAUAAAACCUGUUUGCUUCUUUUGGUCAUUUGAGUUCUGGUAAUAUUCUGUUUUUAUUUGGACUUUUCUGCAUGCAGCUAAGCUGUAAGUCCCUCAUGGUUGUUUUCAUCGUGUGGUCCAUGUUACAUGAGCUCCAUGCUGAAGGACCAGAACCAAACCUGGGAUUGAUAAUUCUUUUUUUUUUUUGUUUGUUUGUUUGGGUUUUUUUUGUCAUUUCAUAGGAAAUAAUCUUGUUUUAGGGGAUGUAAACAGCAUCGGGGUGGUGGGUCUGGGUAUUGACUUUGCUGUAUUUCUUCAUGAAGGCCAUUGGAUGCACCCUGACAAGGCAGGAAGAUUUUACCAAGAGUUUUAAAAAGAAAGCUGUACUGACAGAUGAGUUUCUGGGCUUUCUGGCCAGCAGGCACUCCUGCGGUAGGUUUUAAUCACCCACAAGGAAACACUCUGCUCUCUGGUCUAUUUUGUUGGCUCUGUAGAUGUUUUUGUCCAUGUUUGGUUUGGAUCAGGUGCUGGAAGAGACUGACUCAAACGAGGAGACUGACAGGUACUGACAUGGAUGUGGUCUUCACCCCCCCCUCUUCCCAGUUUAGACAGAUGUAAAAACUUCAGAAUGUUAAAUCAUGGAUUUGCAGCCCGAACCGUUCGGACCUGAGUGAUUGUACUGUGCCAUUCAGCCCCCACUGGGCCUUACCGAGAUGAUAUACUCUGAAGUAUCACAUCUGCUGUAAACUGUUAUAAAUGUGUCAUAAACGUGUGCUGCCUUCUAAAGAGUAAAAUAUUU